AAACUACUUGGAACUUCUGUAACAAGUCGUUCUUCACCACUCAUCUUUCUUGUGUUACAUGUAAUAAAAUAUUGUUGAAAUCACUAAAUAUUGUGAAUAGAAUUAAAGUAAUUAAAUAUUGUGAAAUACUAUUAAAAUUACAUUGAUCUCACCUUGUUGCAUUAGAAAUAAUAUAAGUUAUGAUUGGAAAUACUAACCUUUAAGGACUUAUAAAUAAUAUCUUUAUCAGAAAAUAUCUUAUACGAAUAUCAAUAAAAGUAUAUUAAAAUAUACGUCAUAAUACUAAGCGUAGGUUCUCGCAAAAAUAAUAAAAUAUAAAAGCGGGAGAUUCAUAAUUUCAUCAAUCGCUUAAGAACGAUAAAAUACUGUUCCGACAGACGCUUGUUUAUAACUACUAUUAUUUGUAAGGUUAUGUAUUCAUGGUACAAAAUUCUCAAAUAAUUAAAUACCUGUCAAACGACAGGAUUGUAAAAAGAAUACAUCUUCCUAUGAUUUAACCAAAAUUAUUAAUGGCAGCGAUAGAUAAAGUUAAAAUUAUUGUCGUUGGUGAUUCUGGAGUUGGAAAAACAUCACUGACACAUUUAAUAUGUCAGCAACAGCCUAUUUCUAAUCCUUCUUGGACCAUAGGUUGUUCAGUGGAAGUUAAAUUACAUGAAUAUAAAGAAGGAACACCUAAUCAAAGAAGAUAUUUUAUUGAACUAUGGGACAUUGGUGGUAGUCAAAAUCAUAAAAAUACAAGAUCUGUUUUUUAUAAUCCUACAAAUGGUAUAAUAUUGGUCCAUGAUUUAACAAACAGAAAAUCGCAACAGAAUCUCCAAAAAUGGCUUGAGGAAGUUUUAAGUAAAGACAGUAAUUAUAUGAAAUCAAAACCAUUUGAUGAUUUUGAUCCUGAAAAAUUUGUAGGUUCCACUCAGAUACCAAUCUUAGUUAUUGGCACAAAAUUAGAUUUAGUAGCAGAAGUAAGAUCAAAUGUUCACAGACGUUCAUCAACAAUUGCAGAAGAAUGUGGUGCUGAUGAAAUAUUUUUAGAUUGUCGUCAGGUGAGGUCAUUAGCUGCUGGUUCUAGUUCAUCUGUAAAAUUAAGCAGAUUUUUUGAUAAAGUUGUUGAAAGACGUUAUUACUCAUCAAAAGAAGGAAUUAGUCCUGAUAAACGAAGGUUACCAUUAUACAGUACACAGUACAGUACUAAAAUGUAUCACAAUGAUUAAAUAUUUUUCAAAUCUUUUCAUUUUAUAUUCCACGAAUAUUUCGUUUGUGAUUUUUAUUAUACGAGAAUCUUUAAAAUAAUAAAAGGA